UAAACAGUGACUACAAUCCGAACUCACAUUGAAACUAGGCAUCCUGCAAACUGUUCACAAUUCUUCUGUAAAUAAAACAAAAGUUUACGUUUGUUUUGUUUUCAGAUUCUGGAAGCUCCGUUUUGGAGUCACGAGGCAUCUGAUGCUGUGAGGGCUUCUUGGAGAGACGAGUAUGAAGCUUGUGAUGAUUUUUCUAUGGUUUUGCAGACAUCACAAAAUGGCUGCAAAAAAAUUCUUCAAAAGGAACCUUUAUCAUCUCUACCGCAUGAGUUUGAAAACGAAAUUAUGAAAGAUAAGGCAAAAAAGCUUUCGGCUAAUUACUCUGAAUAUCGGAAGGUACCUGGAGACGGGAGUUGCUUUUACAGAUCGUUCAUAUACUCAUACCUGGAGCAGCUUGUGAAAGUAUCUCACGAGGAGGAGCUACGUUUACUUGGUGCACUUGAACCUAUGUGGGAGAAAUUCCAAAGGCUUCAUUUGCCUGGUUCAUAUUCAGAUCUUCAUGAUGCUUUUGUGGGCUUCAUACUGGAAUGUAUGGAACAAAAACAAAAACUGUCAGUAAGUGGCUAUCAAGAGUGGCUUUUCCAGGAGAGUCAAAAUGAGCAGAAGUUUGCGAACAGUGAGAAUAUACAACAAUUUUCUUAGUUAUCUUGCCAACUUACUCUAAUUUUCUGACUCCAACUAUUUUUGUUUUGUGUUUAGUACUUUUGUAUCUUUGACUUGUGACAGCUAUUGAGAUAUGCACUGAGGUUGAAACUUUUAAGUCAUUCAUAAGCGAACUUGGUCAAGGAAUGCCUAAUGCAAUAGGGGUGAGUAUUUCCUUUAGAUGAUGCAGUAAUCUUCUAUGCAUAAUUGAGUGUCAUAUGUACAUUAGAAGCAAAUGGUAUUGCCUUUCUUGUCUGCUAGUUAUGAUUUGUCUGUGUGAUGGAACUGCAUAGUAGGAGCU